AUGAGUAACUGGAGCUCAGACGUCGCACUCGCUGCGGAGUUGGAAAUUAUGCUUGAGUUGCGAAACGCGGAGGUUUCCCCAGAUUCGAUAUCGGAGAAUCUCCCGCCUGUGGAAGAUCUGCUCUUUUAUUAUCCCGAGAUAUUUGGGUUGGAUUGGGUCGAGUUACAGCAGACACAAACUGGCCACGGCCGCUUGAACUGUGUGUUUCAACAAAGGUCCCGGUCAUUAUAUAUAAGAGCCUGGAAGGAGCUCAGGUUUUGCCACGUUUAUGGAGACGUCGUUUUGAUCUUCAGGCUCUUCCCUAUCAAUAGGGAAAGCAAUCCGCAUAUAACUUUCUCUCCGUGUACCGAGAUCGUGCACGACAACGGAAAAGAUCCUUCAUAUCUUACCCAGAAUACAAUUGCAACCGUGCUGAUCAGUGCGGAUCGGUAUCAACAUGCUCAAUACGAAGUAGAUAUGGAUGUGACCCGUCAGAUAAAACUCCUUGCAUUGGCGUCGUCGAGACGUUGGUUAUGA